AUGAGCGGAUACAAGACACUGAGUGCCAUGGCGCAAGAAAGCGAGAAAUUUGUCCUCGAGGCCGAGCAGCUCGAGGAGGUCCUCCGCAGCGGUGUUAAGGAGACUCUGGGCGAGGGAGCGAACGGCAAGGCGCUGCUCGUCCGCUGGGGCGAGGGCGACGCCGUGCUCAAGCUGGCCCAUUCCGGAGUGUCGUUCGAACACUUCAACUUCGUGGGCCGCAACACCCUGGGGAAGGUGUUGGAGAACUCGAAGCUGUCUGACAAGGAGCUGGUCCGCCUGAGCCUGCGGCUGUGCGUGGCCGUCCAGGAGGUGCACGACAAAGGCUAUAUUCACAACGACCUGAUGGACGACAACGUGGUCGUGGACGAGGCCACAGGGCGCGUGAGCAUCAUCGACUUCGGCAACGCCUGCCGCCCUGGCCAGAACGCCGGCUACAGCGCCAGCUCCAACGACUACUUGGCGCCCGAAAUCCUGGGCGACGGCACGAGCACCACAGCCUCCGACGUGUUCUCGGUCGGCUUCAUGCUGGGGCAGAUCUGCGACGAGAUGGCCCGGCCCUCCAGAGAGCUCAGGCGCCUGGCGUGGAAGAUGCAGAGCGCAAAGCCUUGCAAGAGGCCCGCCCUGUCCGCCGCCAUCAAGCGCCUCAACAGCUGCCACUGA